AUUCGCUAUAUCUGGACUCCCACAGCACACAGAACAUGAAAGUGGAAUUAUUUUAGUAAAUAUAAACUGCUAAAUGCCUUUUGUUCUUCUAUCAGUGUCCAGAAGAGCACUGGUUACAGCUUGUAGAGGGAGUUUUCAUUCUCCUGUAGCAGGAUGUAGGACCUCUGAGCUCUGUCUGAGGAGUGCUGAUUGGCCCUGUGCUGAUCACAUGCACUCUCCCAAGAAAAAAAACAACUCUCUAGCAAUACACACCAAACUGAGUGUGUGCAGCUUGCCCCUAGCCUCUGUUCCAUCGGGAGAUAUUAGGGAGACACUGGAAAAAGGGGAGGAUCAGAGAAGACAGUAUCAAACAUUCUUUUUACACGAUGUGGAGGAUUAACCCCUUAGGUUCCACAGUGAGUAUAACAAGUUUGCUUUACUGCAUAUACAGACUGAUUUUACUGUUGUGGGUUUAG